CUCAAUUUCUCUUCUUUAUCUUCUUCUCCAAAACCAAAGAAUUUCUUCCUACUUCAUCCUUCUCACAAAUUUCGUCGUACAUUUAGGUUAACUGAUUUAAUAUCUGAGUCAACAAUGCCUAAUCGUAAGGGAAAAACUGGAAAUAAAGGAGGUCGUCAAGUAUGGAAAGAGAGUUCAAAAUCUAGAGAUUCUUCUUCAGUUGCAGAUUCUGUGGGUUCAGCGAAUUCAGCUGCGGAUCAAGGUAAAAACAACAAGUUAACUGGAUUAAGUAUUGGUGAACUGAAAAAACGAGUGCAAAAUGUAGCUUCAACGGUUCAGUUUGGUAGUGUCCCUUCAAAAGAACCGAGUCCCGUCCAGGGCGAGAAAACCGUAUGGAAGCCUAAACAUUAUGGAACUGUUAGUGGAUCAACUAAUGCUAUGGAUGGAGCUGCUUCAGCUGAAAAAAAUAGUGCUGGUUCGAGUAAAGUAGUUAGAGGUUCACUAGCAGAAGAUUUUGUUACAGAUAAAUACUAAGAUCAGGGCGACUUUUUAUCCUAAAUUUGAGAAUGAGAAAUCAGAUCAAGAUGUAAAUUAUUUGUCUUUGGUUUAUAAUUUUUAGUGGCCACACAUGUAUUGGAAUGUACUGUACUGCCUACUCUCUUGAUAUAGUUCUUCAUUGAGAAAUAAGUAAAUAUUACAUUUAAGCA